GAAUAAACCAGCUAAAGCCCAACUAUGGAAUAAAGGAGGGAAAAAUCUCUGAUAAAUCUUCUACCAAUGAGCAGUACAAACUUUUGGCAGGGGCUGUGGCUCAGUGGACUGAGUGCCUGCCAAGCACUCUCAGCUCUGGGUGGCAUCUUCAACACUGUAUAAAAAGGGCGUGGUGGCAUGUGUCUCUAAGUCCAGCACUGGGAAUACUCAGUCAUUCUCAGUCACAUCAUUGGAAGCAGCCUAGUAACAAGAGACAUGGUCUAAAAACAAACAAACAAACAAACAAACAGAAAACAAAACAAAAACACCUUUUUAAGGGAGGGAAAUUAAAGAUUUUAAAUGAUGGAAGAUAUGUCAUUUCUUUUUCGAUCCACAGAGUCAGUUAGAAUCCAGUCUUGGGCUGAUUGUGCUGGGGUAUGCCUUUAACCCCAGCACUCUGAAGGCAGUCAGGAGGAGCUCUGUGUGUCUCAGGCUAGUCUGGUCUAGGCUGCAUAUCAAGUUCCAGGCAAGGCGGGGGGGCAGGGGGUACAUGGAGAGACCCUGUAUUAAAAAAAUAAAAUCAAUCAAAACCCAGGAGAUUACUUUUCAAAAAUAGAAGUUGAUAAGCUGGCUCUGCUAGUUUCUUGGGAGUUGUCUGUAGUGAGGGUUGGGGGCUGAUACCUGGUUGAGUGUGCAGGCCCAAAUGCAUGUGUUAUCUCAGAUUGGUGACAGGGUCACAAUGAAUACACUGGGGAGAGGAAGAACUAGAGAGGAUGCUGGAUCAAUGGGAAGUCCAUAUGGACAAUAACUUUUUGUUUGUUUUGCUUUUGAGACAAGGCCUCAUUCUGUAGCCCACACUAGCCUUGGACUUACAGCAGUCCCUCCUGAGUGCUGGAAUUACAGGUGUGAGCCACCAUUGGCUGAAUCUUUUUCUUCUGUCUCAUCCCAUAUAUAAAAAUUAAUUGCCAUUUAUCAUACGUGAGAAGGUUAAGACCACAUGCUUCUAGAAGAAAGCAAAGUAAAACAUCUCUGUGACGUCAGCACACAAAUAGCAUCAACUAUAAAGGGAAACACUGGCAAGAACUGGUGACUAACUAAGGAUUCCAUAAAGAGAAGGCAAGUUAGAGAAUGGACCAAAGAAUCUACGGUACACAGACCCAUGUGUGUCCAUUCAAGCUGUAGAAAGACAUCAGUAAAUGAGGAAGAAAAAGACAGGCAGAUUCAUAGGAAAACUGGGCAGGUGUCACGUCACCUCCAAAUUCCCAAUAAACAAGCAAACGGCAAACCUCAUGAACAGUUAGGGAGUGGGAAAUGAAAGCAUGCUGGGUACUCCUCUACAGUCCCGAGUGGCUGAAAUGAACAAGGCCAGCAAGCCAGGUGCCCAGAGGAUGCAGAUGAGCUGGUAGUUUGCUGCUGUGGGCAUGGGCAUUGGCCUAUCUGAAAGUCUGUUCUGAGGCAUCAUUUAUGUGCAUUUAUGUACACAGCCCCUAUGGCUGGUGUCCCAUUCUUAGUCGUAGCAGGAAGGCAUAUGUCCAUGUCAAAAGGUCGAUUCAAAGACCUGGCUGGAAACAGCUCUUGGUUUGUCUCAGUGGAGGGGUGAGCACUCUAGUUGUUUAUACGGUGGGACAUUCUACAGUCCUGAAGAGAACGAAUGAAACCAAGAAGGUUAGCGCUGUGCGAAGUGAAAUUCUAAACUGUAAGAAGCUGACCUGUGAAUGCAGAGAUUGGCUUGGAUGAUUUAAAUAUGCUAAUGUGACCCCAGUGUGCUUUGAUAAAGGUAUGGGGUGGCACCCUUUCUACCUUUAGAAAUAAGUUAUCAAUCUGUUCCAAGUGCUGGUCAAAUGGUGGCAUUUACGGGGACAAGGGGUCAGAGUCACCCUUCCCUAAUGGGGUCAAAGCUGCUUAUGAAACGGAGUCUCUCAGGAUGAGGCAGCAGCCUGGGAAAAUAGUUUUAAACAAUAUGGAGUGACUUAGGACAGAGUACAGCCUGACCUCAACAGCAAGUCCAUGUCUUAAAAGCCUGCAUUUUAAAAAGUAUACUUUAAUAAAAAAUAUGUAAAGUGUUCUGCUGUAAGAGAAAUUUGGCUCAUUCAGAUUUACCCUAAUCUGGGGAGUCUGAAAUGUAGAGGGCAUAUUAUUGGUGAUUAAAAGGCCUCAAGAUAGGUUGAGAACUGUCAAGGGGAAAAAUGCAAUAUCAGAUCAGUAUUUUUUGUUGAAUUAGGGACUUGUAAAGUUGAUUCCCUUUUGCUGGUCUUUAAUGCUCAUAUAAAAAGACUUAGGGUUGUGUUUGAUGAUAGGAUUGGGGUGACGUGGAAGUCCGGGAAUGCUAAAUUGAGGACUGAGCAUAAAAUUUUGCUUUUGGAUUAAUUUUCUUCUGGUUUGAUUUUUUUCGAGUUUAUAGCAAUUGGAUUAAAAAACAGCUUGCUUGAGGGGCUGGAGAGACAGCUAAGUGGUUAAGAGCAAACACUGCACUUCCAGAGGACCAGAGUUGGGUUCCCAGCAUUCCAGUCAGGUGCCUUACAACUCCAGCUUCACCCUGCUGGGGGGACACCACCCACGUGUGGGAGGCAUCAGUAUCUGCUAACACGGAGGGCCAGACGUAGGCAAGCCAACAUCUACCCGCCAACAUCUGAGCUAUGCACUGACUCUAGUCACUCAGGUGGCCCGAGGGUGAUGUCAACAGAACCACCCACACAGCCAGGAUCAUGUAGGGUCCCAUUCAAAGCCAGCACACGGUGGAGGACGUGGGGGUGGGGCUGCUGAGCUGGGAACUGGUGCAUCCUGCUGCAGGGUUAGAAGCCCUCAGUUUGUGUUAAAAGACUUUCUGCUGAGUCCUGGAGUCACCUCCAGGCUGUCCAUCACCCCCUGCAUGUCGUGGUGGUGCUAGGUGUGGAGAAGGGUCUACCUUUACAGGAUGUGGGCAGGAGAGCAGGGCCUGUUGGUUGGCCUUGAAAGGAUCACCAUGAGUCUGGACUUCGUUUUCUAGGGGAAGGGAAUCAUGUUAAUUUAUAGUCUGCAAACAAGGCUACUACUGUUCCAUCCGGUUGGAUCUCAGAAGAAGCCGAGGCCGGAGUCACCCCACUGCCUCACUCUCCUCAAAGCUGCGGUUGUCCCAGCAGUGUGAAUUCUCUUCACUUUAUUACGGCUUGUGGAGUGCACAUCCCUCCUAAAAUGCCCCCCUGCUCGGCCUGCCUCUUUGUGGUGCACCAACUCUCACACACGAGUUAGCAUGGCUUACUCCGACCUCUGUAUCGAGUCUCUGGAGGAAUGGACAAGGUAGAUAGACACUCACGUAUUUUAAUUACACCUAGUUGGCUUUCAAGUUUCCUUAGGAAGUACCUAAAAUUAUACCUACAUUUAAAUUUAUUUAAAUUUAGAUAGCUUAUACUAUCGUUUAGCAUCCUGAAAGACCUAUUUCUUUAUAGAUUUUGAGAACAAAAAAGGAAUCUGAGAAAGUGAGGCUGCCGAGGGAAAGUUAGAGAAUCAGCUCUGCUGCUCUGCUGUGUGACUCUGGGCAGGUUUCCUAACCUUUCUGGGUCUUGGUUUCCUCUGUGUAGAUAAUGACACCUUCAGGAUUGUAAUUAUGGUGAGAACUGAUACUUGUGACUGCAUUUUCAGUGCAGUUAACAUGCAAAGUGCUCUUAUUAGAUUAGAGUUACUGAGAAACAGUAGGAAAGCCGUACAAAGGGACGUCCUCUUGUUAGACAUGGGAAGGGGAGAUGGUUUAUUUAGUGAAAUGCUUUCCACACAAGUCUGAGGCCCUGAAUCCAGAUCUCCAACACCCGUGUUUUAAAGAAAAAUCCAGGCACAGUAGUAUGUGCCUGCAACCCCAGCAAUGGGAAGUGGGGACGGGGAUUCCUGGAGUUCACCACCAGUUAGACAAAUUGGGUGAGCUCUGGUUUAACGAGAGACCCUGUCUCAAAAAACAAGGACAGUAAAUUGAGGAAGAUACCCAGUUCUGGCCUCUGCACGAGGGUAUACACACAGCUGCUCGUGCAUACAGAUGAACACACACACACACACACACACACACACACACACACACACACACACACACACACACACAAAUGAGAAGACAUUGAACAAUGGGGAGAUGCUUUGCUGCUCUGCCCCGGACAGGGUAGGGUUUCUGCCUCUGAGAGGGUGGGAAUUAGGAACUCUGGUCCCCAUUUCUGGUCAGUGCUGGCCUCUGUCUGUCCCUGUGAGGACCUGUUCUUAGUGGAAUUCUGACUCCUGGAAAGGAGAAAAAGAGUUGUGAGGGUCUGUGUGAUGGCAUCUGUGAAUCAGGUGGGUGAUAAAGGACAGAGUGACGAGAGUGGAAGCCAUUCUAACGCAGAAACGCUGUUGGCGGAGUCCUCAAUAUUUUGUGGCUAAGAUGUUUUUUCUAUGGGUGUAGGACUCUUUGAUUUUGUGAACCACAGAUACUUUAAAAACAUUGUCAACCUUAGUUCUCUUCUUUCUGUCUGUUGUCAAUAACGUGUUGGGACCCUGGUCCUGCAGCUUUGGACUUAACCUGUGUGUUUGUGUUUGAUCGCCAGCCCACUGCAGAGGCCUGGACUAGUUUGCUGAUAGAACUUAAAUGUACACCAUAUUUGUGGUUUGUGCUGUAUUUUAAAAAAAACGAUGGGAAGGAGUCACACCAUACAACAGGGCCCACAUGGGAGGUUUAUUGAGGGGAGGGAGAGAACAGGGCAGAGACCGGUCCCCAGAGAGCAAAGGAAGAGAAAGAGAAAGAGAUGGGAAGUGGGCAAGGCUUGCCUUUUAUAAGUAGCGAAUGCCCACAGGGGGUCCUCUUAGUGGCUGCAGCUGAGGACAUAGCCUGUCAGGACUCUAAGGGCAGGCCAGUACAGAUGCCUGAAUGCUAACAUUCCCACCUUUUGUUUCUUAUAAAAGGUGAGGAAUUAGAAAGGGGUAGCAGGUGAGGCGGGGAUGAGGGCACCAUGUUCUCAAGAAUGCUUCCUGCUGACCUUGGGGGUGUGUGUCAGUCAUCUUUGGGGGACCUGGGAAAGCUGGGGUGCUGGCUACAUCCUAGGGUGGCUGGCUGUUUCACUUCACUGUCCAGGCUCUGUGGAACAGCAAGAUGCUGUUCGAGAUGGAUCCAAGUCGACUCCCUGGUGCUCACAAGAAAUCAUGAUGAGGUCACCAGCCGAGAUGGAGGAGAGCCACAUGGUUGCUGUUUAUAGUUACAUGCACAUACACACAGAAUUAGACAGGAGUUGAGUGUAUAGAAAGGGGGAACCGGUGUGUGCUGAGCAAGACGAAGCUGGCUUCUCCAUCUGACCCCCACACUGCAGCAAACAGACAACAUUUAGAGAGGGAGAGCACACACACAAGCAGGUCUUGGAGCAAAGAAAAAGAAAAAGUGGAGAAUUCUUUCUUGGUUCCCUGACUGCUUGGUUCAAAGAAUACUGAGGCCAGAUUUGAUUUGAAAGGAGUAGUCAGUGGGUCUCCAAAAGACAUCCCAAUGGGAGGGAUGAGGUGGAGAGAAGAAGAUCCGAAGCCUGAAUGUUCUGGCAUCCCAGGGAUCCAGGGAGGAUCAGAUUAAGUGGGCACAAGCUGUUCAUUAAGUCGUCAUGCAAGAACAGGGGCCGAGGGCUAAAAGCCCCAGACAGACACAGUUGCCUGGUACCAGGACUUCAAGAAAAGCCAAAAGGUGAGGGCUGUGCUGGAGAAACAAAGCCUCACUCGUGGGAAGUGACCAGAAGUGAAGAAGCAGGGAGGUGGCUUACCAGUCGUCAGUGGUGGAUGGAGAGUCCCAGCGAUCCGUUAGGUGGGAAAGUAGGGCUGUCAUGGGCGGACCAGGUUCCAGGGUCCCAGCACAUCUCAGACUGCCAGGAGAGCCUAUCCGAGUCACAGCACCAAAUGUAUUUUAAAAACGACGGGAAGGCGUCACACCAUACAACAGGGCCCACAUGGGAGGUUUAUUGAGGGGAGGGGAGAGAAGGGACAGAGAAGGGACAAAGAUCAGUCCCUGGGGACAAGAGCGAAGGAAGAGAAAGAGAUGGGAGGUGGGCAAGGCUUGCCUUUUAUAAGGAAACAGCAAAUGCACACAGGGGUGCUCUGAGUGGUUGCAGCUGAGGACGCAUCCUGUCAAGACCCCAGGGGCAGGCCAGUACAGAUGCCUGAAUGCUCACAGUUUGGUUCCAGACUUGGUCUCCACUUCCCCCUUGAGGACCUGAAUGGUAGGCCUCCCUGCUGAUGGCCAGUGUUUAUAGGAUUCUUGGGGACUUUUAGAUAAUUAAAUAUUCAGUGGGACCCUCCUGUCACAUCGGAUCAUCUGUGUCUGGCUGUGAUCCAAAAAUAUUAAAUGGAAAAUUCCAUAAAGGAACAAUUAGCUACUGUUAGAUUGUGUACCAUUCUGAGUGGUGUGAAAAUAUGUCCACCGCACAGAGGACAUAGCCUCUCCCUGCGUCCAGUGGGUCCAAACAUCUGCACUCCCCCACCUUGUCACUUAGUAGGCUCAGUUCCUAGAUUAACUGUCACAGCUUCGGGUGCUUGUGCUAAGAAAUGCAACAAUGGCCCCAAAGCGCAGGACUGGCAGUUCAGACAUACUGCUGAGCAGCCCCACGCUGUUUGCUUUAAGAGACAAGCUGAAAGCUCCUAAUAAGGCAAGAAAAGGAGUCAAAUUGGAGCUGCUGAGCUCUGUGGUAAAAACAUCUUCUAUUCGUGAAAUUGUGAAGAGGGGAAAAACUAAAUCUGUGCUCAGUUUGCUCUUGCAUCUCACACUGCAGAAAUUGUUACAGCUGUGGUGCAUGUAAGUGUCCAGCAGGAGUCACAGCCAUGGUGCAUGUAAGUGUCCAGCAGGAGUCACAGCCAUGGUGCAUGUAAGUGUCCAGCAGGAGUCACAGCCAUGGUGCAUGUAAGUGUCCAGCAGGAGUCACAGCCAUGGUGCAUGUAAGUGUCCAGCGGAAGUCACAGCCAUGGUGCAUGUAAGUGUCCAGCAGGAGUCACAGCCAUGGUGCAUGUAAGUGUCCAACAGGAGUCACAGCCAUGGUGCAUAUAGACUCAAGUAUAAUGGGAGAGGCAUCCAUUCUGUGGCUUUCUAGACAGGACAUGACAGUACAAAUGACCCUGACUGAAAAUAGCGUGACUUAGAAUUUUUUGAGUGGUAUUGAGUGGAUAUUUUAGCUGGGGUUUACUGGGAUGGGAUGCCCUUUACAGCCAAGGGUGCCUGUAUACAGAAGGUUCCAAACUGUCUGCAGUUCCCAGCAUACACUGGGUGGGGCUUGGUUACUUUUCCUGUCGAUGGGAUAAAACACUCUGACAAAAGCAAUUUAAGGAAGAGAGUUUAUUUUGGCUCACAGUUUGAGGGCACUGCCUAUCAUACGAGGGAAAUCAUGGUGGUAAGAGCAUGAGGCUGCUGGUCCUGUUGCAUCUACAGUCAGGAAGCAGAGAGAAGUGAAUGCUGGUGCUCAGCUCACUUUCUCUCAGGGAGUGGUGCCGCCCACUUUUAUGGUGGGUAUUCUCAGCUCAAUUAACCUAAACAAAAUAUCCCUGAAAGCAUGGCCAGAGGUAAUCCAAUCUAGAUAAUCCAAAUUGGCAUGGCCAGAGGCUAAACUAGUGUAGAUAAUCUCUCCCAGGUGUGCCCAAAGACCAUUUACAUGCUGCCCGUGAGCAUGGGAGAAGGAGGAAGAAUGACCCUAAAGAAGACUUGCGGGCUGCCAGUUGCUGGAAGAGAAGCAGGAGCGGGUGGGAUGGCCGUGGCCAGGUGAGAUGUUUUUAGUUGGAUUUCUUCUACUUUGGGCCAUGGAUAAGUAGGCUGGCAAAGCAUUAAAUCCACCAACCAGUAGCUACCUAUGUUUAUUGAAUGCUUAGAACUGGCUCUGGGCUAAGCAGUUGACGUAUAACUCCUUCACCAGCCUCAUGAGGAGCUGCAGCUGGGACCUGGCUGCCAUCCCAUGUUGUUGAACCAGCACAUGCAGAGUGGUGGUUCCUAACAGCGCUGGGUGCUGGCAUUUGUCCCUGAGCUGUUGGGUGGAAGCUGUAGGGACCAGAUCCAAAUUCUAGAUGUGAUGGAGGAGACUGUCCUAUGGCUUUUCUGAUAAUUAUUAAUACUAUGUAUCAUUGCAUAUGUGAACCCCAUGUAUAAAAUAGCUAAGAUUUUAUCAGAUUAUAAUGUAGCAAAAAGAAAUGUUAUAAAAAUGAAUUUUGUACUUUGCAGGGGGUAAAUCCUUCAUGCAGAGGCAUUACUCAAGAUAGAGUAUCUUUUGGGACUGGGAGGAGAGGAGGGAGAGGAAACUGAGGUUGAGAAUGUAAAAUAAAUAUUUAAAAAAGAUAGAGUAUCUUUGAAAAAGUAUGUCUUCUAGUGCUUUCCUUUGACAUUCAAGGUUAUGUUCAAUUAUGCACUUUUGGGAGUACUUCACAAUUCCCCAGUUUUUCAUGAGAUGAGACAGGUGUCUAGUCCAACCUCAGUCUUCCAUGACAGGAGAAAUGCUAAAAUACCAACAGAAAAUUCCCUUCCACCACAGGAGAGAUGGCCCCUCUGCUCCUACAGAAUUCCAGAAACUUUUUCUAGGAGAUGGCUGUAAUAAAGUAAGGAGAAAUGUAUGAAAUCAGGGUCCUUGAGAGAGCAAAGGCCAUCAUGACUCUCAGGAGAAACCAGACUACCCUUCCUGGCUAAGGUCUUGGUCAUGGCCAUAGGUGUGCUGGGUGAAGGGACACUGUCUUCUGUCCUCAUGAAGGCCCAGAUGGCCUUUCCUUCCUGUCUCUUGGAAGUCUGAGAGGAAUUUGUGUGUAGCAGGUUCCAAGUCAGGCUCUGAGGAAAAGGGAUUCUAUGCAUGAGUCUGCAUGGGGCUGGCCUUGGCUUCGGGAAGAAGCAGGGCUUGACCUGGGUUUGGUCUAGGACACAGUGGUUCAUUUCAAUUUGGAAAUGUAUGUCUAUUUGAUGUACAGUGUGCUGUUUGGAUGUGAGUAUCUUUUGUGACGUAUUAAAUCCAGACAACCCACACAGCUGUUACCUUGCAUGUUUUCUUACCGGACUUGACUGAAAUGGGGACAUUUGGAUCACUUGCCCCAGGACUUGGUCACUAUGGCUUUACCAUUUGCUUCCAUGACUGUGACCUUCUUAGACUCCACAAAUGUAUGAUAGAAUGCUUGUCUUUAGGCCGGGCUCAGGUCUUCCAGGCUAUGAGGCAUUAACACAUCUGUCAUCUGUAAAAUGCUCCCUCUUCUGCCCUUCCCUACCACACUGGGCCACCAGGGAAACAAAAUGGGAGAAUGGAAUUCUGGUCCUAGCUUUACCGUUCCUGAUUAGAAACGUUUGCUUGGAACUUAAGAAUUUGUACCAUUUAAUUUGGUGCCCGCCAUAACAUGUAUUUAAGAUGUUUGCAUAAAAGGGCUUAAAUUUAGUUAAUGCUUUGUUGUUUGGGGACACUUGGGGUCAUUUAAUUUGCAGAAUUAAAAAAAAAGACUUAUUUAUUUAUUAUAUAUACAGUGUCCUGUCUGCAUGCAUACCUACAUGCCAGAAGAGGGCAUGUAUACAUGCCAGAAGAGGGCAUCAGAUCUUGUUAUAGAUGGCUGUGAACCACCAUGUGGUUGCUGGGAACUAAACUCAGGACCUCUGGAACAAUAGCCAGUGCUCUUAACCUCUGAGCCAUCUCUCUAGCCCAACUCAACUUUCGGUUACUUUCUCUGACACCUGGAAUGUAGACUUAGCUGCCAUGACAGAGAGUGCUGGACCAGUGGAGACUUGACAGCCAAGAAGCAUGUCUCUGUUUUUAGUGACAGUUUUGCUAGGUGUGCCAGGGUAGCUUGGGGGUAAGGUGGUCUGUGGAGUCAUGGACUGUGGUGCCUUCUCCAUUGUCUUCCAUGUAGCUUUCCCCUCUUGACUCAAGAAGAUUGUCCUAGUUUUGGUCAGCAUAAGGGAGGAAAAGAAGAAGUUACCCACAGCCUCACCCUCCCUUACUCAUGAGGGGGAUAAGCAUGGCGUCAUGUGUGGAACUCAGUAUUCAUGUGUCCAGAUAAAAACCCAGUUCCUUUUUGAGAAAGGAGGCUGAGUAUGUGUAGGAGAAGCAAGAAAGGGAAGAGGAAAAGAAGAGAGAGGAGGAGGAAGAGGAGGAGGAGGGGAGGAAGAGCAGGAGGCUAAACCAUCUGUGUUUUCCUGUUACUUGGGCUUUCAAAGGAAUUAUCACGGUCCUUGUUUUUCACAAGGGGAGACAGGUGUGCCACACAAGAAAAGGGAAUUAUUUGAUGUGUUCUGUGAUACAUCUAGGGAAAGACCUAGGCAAAUGGGGAGUGUGUGUGUGUGUGUGUGUGUCUGUCUGUCUGUCUGUCUGUGUCUGUGUGUCUGUGUGUGUUGGAUGUAGGAAGGGGUAAGUAUGGUCAAUGAGAAUGGGAGUUUGUUUGGUUGGGAUUAUGCCAGUGUCACCUUGAAAAGUGAAGGUCCUUGGGAGUGCCAGCUAACUCAGUUGACAUCAAGAGGCCAAUGUCCAGUGUCCCCUCAGUGACAGUGUGUCUGUUUUUUCCUAGACUCUCCACGCUGCAUUGGGAACCAGUGACUCCAGCAAUGCUGCCCCAAUGGGAACUGGCUCUUUGCCUGCUUGCCUCCCUGGGCUUCCAUUUCUACUCUUUCUAUGAAGUUUACAAAGCCUCCAGGGGACCCGACUGACUUUGAGUGGAACUUCUGGCUGGAAUGGGGGAAACGGAGCCUGGUGUGGCUCUUCCUUGGCCAUUUGGCUGUGUCUCAGUUGGCCACACUACUUGCAAAGAAGCUGAGACCCUGGAUCGUCAUGGUCUAUGGAAUGUGGGCCUGCUGGUGUGUGCUGGGGGCUCCCGGCGUGGCCAUGGUCUUUCUCCACACCACCAUCGCCUUCUGCGUGGCCCAGUUCCGGUCAAUGCUCCUAUCCUGGCUGUGUUCUCUCCUCCUGCUCUCCACCCUGAGGCUGCACAGUGUGGAGGAAGUUAAAAGGAGGUGGUACAAGACAGAAAACGAAUACUACCUGCUACAGUUCACACUGACUGUGCGCUGCCUGUUCUACACCAGCUUCAGCCUGGAGCUGUGCCGGCAGCCUCCGCCUGCCCAGCGUGCCCUCUAUUCCUUCCCAUGGCUGCUGGCCUAUGUCUUCUAUUACCCUGUCUUCCACAACGGGCCCAUCCUCAACUUCCCGGAGUUCUGCAGACAGAUGCAGCAACCAGAGCUCAGCUCUCCGAAGCACAGCCUUUGCCUGCUAGCCAAGGGCGUGGGCCGCCUGCUCUGCUGGUGGUGGCUGGCUGAACUGAUGGUCCACCUCAUGUACAUGCAUGCCCUCUACAGCAGCAUUCCCCUCCUGGAGAGCGUUUCCUGCUGGACCUUAGGAGGACUGGCCCUGGCCCAAGUACUCUUCUUCUAUGUGAAAUACUUGGUGCUCUUUGGUGCUCCGGCUCUCCUCAUGCGCCUGGAUGGACUCACACCACCACCCCUUCCCCGCUGCGUGAGCACCAUGUUCAGCUUUACUGGGAUGUGGAGGUAUUUUGAUGUUGGACUACACAAUUUCUUAAUCAGGUAUGUGUACAUUCCACUGGGUGGGUCCCAGCAUGGCCUUCUGGGGACACUGCUUUCUACCGCGAUGACAUUUGCAUUUGUGAGCUACUGGCAUGGCAGCUAUGAAGACCUCUGGUGCUGGGCAGCACUCAACUGGCUGGGAGUCACUGUGGAGAGUGGAGCCCAGAGGCUGUUGGAGAUGCCCUGCAUCCGGGAGACCUUGACCCGGUACCUCUCCCCGCAAGCUCGCCGUCGGCUGCAUGCUCUGCUGGCCUCCUGCUCCACCUCUAUGCUGAUCCUGUUCAACCUGGUGUUUCUCGGGGGGAUUCACGUUGGAAAAAUCUACUGGUACAGGAUCUUCCUGCAAGGGCUAGAGGUCAUAGUGAUCACGAUCCAACUGACAAAAAUGUGCUGCAGUGUUGGGGACAUAGCACUCUGGGGACAAAAAGGUGAGUGGCCGGGGUAGAUGCCAUAAGCUGAUUGUCACAGGAAACAGAACAUCUACCUACCCCGCUUUACCGUUCCCCCUUAUCCUCUGGAUAAGAGUCAUCAGAGAGGAAGUGGCAUCAGAGGUAGACUUUUAAAGGGUGGGUGAGGACCAGAACCAGGAUUGGGGCACAGCCACAAACGCAGGGAGACAUAAUUGCUCAUUCAGGAGCUGGCAGCUUCUGGGGUUGGAUGGGAGACAAUGUGAGAUGAGGCAGGUGAAAAGCGAGAUGUGCUGAAGGGCCCCAGGAGUAAGAGCACCAGUUAAUGAAGGGCCCAGUGCCAUGCUGAGGACCUGGACCACGUCGUUAGUUCACUGGGGUUUCUCGUGUUGGAGCAAGUAUCUAUCUGGAU